AUAACCUCGAAUCCAGUUUGAAAAGUGCCAAUUAUCAGUCCUCAACACUUGUAGUUCCACCACCCCCAUGCCCAUAGAAACAAGGACAGGAUGAUUCAUUUCUACGCUAGUAACCCCAUCACAUCACUUAUUCACAUCUACAUUUUGAUUUAAAAGACUACGCUUUUCCAUCCUGGACAUCAAGAAAGUGGUUGAAAAGUUGCCUAUGAGUGCUCUAACCAGGCGUUUUGAUGGACUUUUAACUAGGGUGGAAAAAACACACUACAAACCACUUUUUAUAGCUCAACCAAGGUAAUCCAGAAAGAUGUCUGAAGAGUUUGGUAAAGAUGAUAAUGAAGUUCAAAUAAAUGAUAAUUCCAUAGUUGAGACCUGGACAGAAAUCAUGGAUGGCUAUAGAAAGAUCCAUGCUAAGAAAGAUAGUGAAGAAAUUGAAUUGGAGUCAAUUUCACAAGAACCCGAGGAAAAAAGUAGAAGUGAAGAUGUUGAAAUAAAAGACACCAAAAGUUGAUGUUAAGUAAAUCAAUU